AUUGAUUCCGCUGAUAAGCAACUCAGAAAUACGAGAAAGUUCCUCGAUGAUCAAGCCAACGAACGUGAGCUGGAAAGGGACGAAUUUACACGUGCUAUUACUAAGCUCAAACAACAGCUGCAAGACAAGGAACGCGACUGGAUGUCAAAAGAGCGGUUCGCUUCUGAAAGAUCAGCAUUUCAAAAUGGGUCUCUGUUAUCAGAAAAGGUUGAAGCAUUGGAGCAGAAAGUUCAGGAAACUACAAAUUUACUGAAAGAGACUGAGGAAAAGAAAGAUGCCAUUGACCGAGAGUUGAAGGAAGCUGAUCAGAAGGUACUUGUCCUGAAAGAAGUAAUUAGAGAUUUGGAAUGCCAAGAUCGUACGAAAACUCAAAGGCAAAUGACUCUUGAACAAAGAUUGGAUGAGUUGGAAAGGGAACUCGAGUCUCAGAAAAUUGAUCAGAAUGCCAUGGUUCUUGAACUGGAAGCUAUGCAGAAUGGGUCACCACGUGAUAUCAAUUUGAAACAACUGGAAGAACACUUCAAGAAGCAGUUCAAUCCCAACGUUGUUGAGCAAAUGAAAUCCCAGCUUCGAGAGAUGGCUAGAUCCAUUCAGCGGCAAACCAAUAUAUGGAAGGUCUUAACGGGCAUGUAUCCAGCGCAAGAUGUGCUCGCUGAGAAAGAAGUGCUACAAGUGAAGUGUGAUAAACAGCUGUCAACCAUCGCCUCAACCAAAACCACGUUGGACGAGGUGCGAAGGCGGGCCGAGUGGCAGCAGAACAAGUGUGACGCCAUCAACUUGGACAAGAUUGCGUUCUCGAAAAGGAAGUGCACACUUGCAAAACUCCAUCAGAAGCAAAGAAAGAGAGGUAGCUACUCAUCAACAGCAAAUAAGUAA